CGCUCGAAUCCGCCGUCAGAAGGUCGCAGCAAGCACUCCACACCCUCUCGCCAUACCGUGGCCAAGCAUCUCCAGAUUUUUCGUCAUUCACAUCGCAUGCACCCGAGCGACAGAUCGUAAAGUCUCUGGCAACUGACCGUCCCUGGACCCAAUCCGCAACCACUGGGCAACGCGUCUGCCACAAUGCCCACUGCUACAUCAACAUCCGCACCGGGCGGUUCCACGAGCGAGCAGCCCGUCGUGCUCUCGACAAUCUCUCAGCAAGUCAAUGUGCAUCCUCUCGUCCUGCUAUCAGUCACGGACCACGCUUCGCGCGCAGCCACAGGAGGUCGGAAGAGAGUGGUGGGAGUGCUUUUGGGUCAGGACGAUGGCAAAGUCGUCAAUGUGGCCAAUAGCUUCGCAGUGCCUUUUGAAGAGGACGAAGGUGCUGGAAGCGAAGGGAAGAGCACCUGGUUUUUAGAUCACGACUACAUUACUAGCAUGAUGGAGAUGUGCAAAAAGGUCAAUGCGCGAGAAAAGAUCAUCGGUUGGUAUCAUACUGGCCCUCGGCUUCGAGCAUCCGACCUAGACAUCAACGACCUUAUGAAGAGAUUCAUGCCAAAGCCCGUCAUGGUGAUCGUCGAUCCGCGUUCUAGAGAUACCGGAAUCCCAACGGACGCAUACAUUGCCAUAGAGGAGAUCAAGGAGGAUGGAACAGCGGCGCAGAAGACCUUUGUGCACGUGCCUUCGAGCAUUGUGGCUGAGGAGAGCGAAGAGAUUGGUGUGGAACACUUGCUGAGAGAUAUUAGGGACACCACUACCGUCGGAACGCUCAGCACCAGGGUUGGGGCUCAGUUGUCUAGCUUGAGAGGUUUGCUCGCGAGAUUGCUGGAGAUCCAAAACUACCUAGAGCUCGUAUCAUUGGGCAAGAUGCCCGUCAAUCACGAAAUCCUCUUCAAUGUGCAAGACAUAUUCAACCUUUUGGACAGGACGACAGAGGCUCAACAUUUUAGCACAGCAACAAACGAUCAAAUGCUGGUCAUUUACUUGAGCAGUCUGAUCCGAGCCGUCAUCGCACUGCAUGCGCUCGUCGAGAAUAGAGCUCAGAAUGCAAAAGGCGAAGAAGAGGACGGCACAACGACAGGCGAAGCGAACGGCACCUUGGGCGGCAAGAAGGAGAUUGGAGAUGGCAAAACAUCUCAGAAAGAAGGGGAAAAGAAGAAGUAGUGUUGCUAUACUCGAGCAGACAGGGUCAAUGCAUGUAUUUCGAAAGAGGUGCGAUACGUGUCAGCCGGCCCUGGUGUCCUGAGCUGUCAAGUUCAUGGGAGCCAGAUCGUGUCUGCCUGCGCCCUAAUGGGUAGCCGUCACGAAUUCGGAUUUGCAAGCAGCAUGUCAGGCUACGGUGGGUACAUAUUGAAUUGCCUUUGAGAGGAUGUAUUUGCCAUCAUGUAGUAGGCGUAGGUGUACGCUCAAAAACGUACACGUACGCCAGUUUCA